GCUCUGACAAGCGCUCAGUGAAGCAACACACUCGGCUAUAAAUACACGAGUCGUAGCCGAGGCUCUGCCUGCAGCAUAGCGUCUGUAUUUACAUACUGAACCUGGACAACUCGCAGAGCCACUCACAGCUGUUGACAGUCAGUUUGUGUCUGAGCUGCUGGAUUUAUCUUCUACCCAGCUUUUAAAACUGUGGCAAGUUCACUGCCAGAGCAUUUUCUGUUGUUUUGGACUUUGAGAGUUUUUUGGAAUUUGAGUUAAUUUGACCCAGGUGGUUGUGUUUUGGACCGAGCAGCUAUGGGAGACUUUUGGGGAGAUAUUGCCAGUCAGAGGGUGGCCAGGGCGAUGUCAGUGGGGAACGAUGAGGAGGCGGUGUUGGACCGUGGCAAAACCAGCUCCACCAGCUACACCAAAUUUGAGACGGAAGAACUGGAGAGUCACAGAGCGGUGUAUGUCGGCGUUCAUGUUCCUCUGGGCAGAGAGACUCGGAGGCGUCACCGUCACCGAGGACAUCGACAUCACCGGAAACGACGGGACCGCUCAGAUCGGGACGAUGGACGAGAGUCGCCCUCGAACGACACGCCAUCUCAGAGAGUCCAGUUCAUCCUUGGGACGGAGGACGGGGACGAGGAGCACAUCCCCCACGACCUGUUCACCGAGCUGGACGAGAUCGCCUUCAGAGACGGAGACUUCCAGGAGUGGAAGGAAACAGCCAGGUGGCUAAAGUUUGAGGAGGACGUAGAAGACGGAGGUGAGCGUUGGAGUAAACCGUACGUGGCCACGCUGUCCCUUCACAGUCUGUUUGAGCUGCGUUCCUGCAUCCUGAACGGCACUGUGCUGCUCGACAUGAGGGCCAACACCAUCGAAGAGAUUGCAGACAUGGUGAUUGACAGCAUGCUGGCUUCAGGUCAGCUGGAGGAGGGUGUUCGAGAGAAGGUGAAGGAGGCCAUGUUGAGGCGUCACCACCAUCAGAACGAGAAGAAGCUGAGCAACCGAAUCCCGCUGGUUCGAUCCUUCGCUGACAUCGGGGAGGGUCUGUCCUCCUCUCAUCUCUCCCCCCACCAUCGCUCCACCUUUGACAGCACCACCCCUCCUCCGUCCCCUCGUAUGUCCCUCCCGUUCAGACGCUUCCUGUCUGAGCCCUGCCCACCCAGCCCCACCCCCUCCCUCCCCGCCGCCAUCAGGGACGCUCCCCCAUCAGACCACGUCGCCUCUGGAGUCCCACGUCGCUGCUCUGCUCCCGAGGUGGUGGUUUGUCCCCCUGAAGAGGAAGAGGAGGAAGUGUCCAAGACGGAGGACAAACAGGAUCAUCUGCUUCCUCUCAGUCCCUCAGGUCUGCUGGCGUCCCCUCAGUCGGCUCCUGGAAACCUCGACAGCAAAAUCGACAGUCGCAUCAUCGGAGGAAACGGAGGCAGCCGGGAGAACAGCACUGUGGACUUCAGCAAGGUGGAUAUGAACUUCAUGAAGAAAAUCCCUCCCGGUGCAGAAGCCUCCAACGUCCUGGUGGGUGAAGUCGACUUCCUGGAGCGACCGAUCAUCGCCUUCAUCCGUCUGUCUCCCGCCAUGCUGCUGACCGGCCUGACAGAGGUCCCUGUGCCCACCAGGUUUCUCUUCCUCCUGCUCGGUCCGUUUGGAAAAGGUGCGCAGUACCACGAGAUCGGACGCUCCAUCGCCACUCUGAUGACAGAUGAGAUCUUCCAUGAUGUUGCCUACAAGGCGAAGGACAGGACCGACCUGCUCUCAGGGAUCGAUGAGUUCCUGGAUCAGGUCACCGUGCUCCCUCCAGGCGAGUGGGACCCCACCAUCCGCAUCGAACCCCCAAAGAGCGUCCCGUCUCAGGAGAAGAGGAAGAUGCCGUCGGCCCCGAACGGCUCUGCUCACGGCUAUGACCUCUUCAAGGAGGCGGAGCAUGACACAGGACCAGAGCUGCAGAGGACAGGGAGGAUCUUUGGAGGUUUGGUGAACGACAUUCGGAGGAAAGCUCCCUUCCUGUGGAGUGACAUCAGAGACGCCCUCAGCCUGCAGUGUUUGGCGUCCGUCCUCUUCCUCUACUGCGCCUGCAUGUCGCCCGUCAUCACGUUCGGAGGUCUGCUGGGAGAAGCCACCAAAGGAAACAUAAGUGCCAUAGAGUCUCUGUUCGGGGCGUCUCUGACAGGCGUGGCCUACUCCAUGUUCGCCGGUCAGCCUCUCACCAUCCUGGGCAGCACAGGUCCGGUUCUGGUCUUUGAGAAGAUCCUCUUCAAGUUCUGCAGUAAUUAUGGUCUGUCCUACCUGUCCCUGCGGACCAGUAUUGGACUCUGGACCGCCUUCCUCUGCCUGUUGCUGGUCGCCACCGACGCCAGCUCUCUGGUCUGCUACAUCACCCGCUUCACCGAGGAGGCCUUCGCCGCCCUCAUCUGCAUCAUCUUCAUCUACGAGGCUCUGGAGAAGCUGGUCCACCUUGGGGAGCUCUACCCCAUCAACAUGCACAACGAGCUGGACGACCUCACCUUCUACACGUGUCAGUGUUCUCUGCCUGCCAACGCCUCGGCUGACGUCCGGGAUAUCUGGAGAAAGAAAAAUUUGACUGCAGAAAGCAUCCAGUGGCAAAAUCUGACUGUGAAGGGCUGUCUGGAACUUCACGGGGAGUUCGUCGGCUCUGCCUGCAGCCACGAUGGUCCCUACGUCCCCGACGUCCUCUUCUGGUCCGUCAUCCUCUUCUUCACCACCUUCUUCCUCUCCUCCUUCCUCAAACAGUUUAAGACCAAGAGAUACUUCCCCACCAAGGUUCGAUCGACCAUCAGUGACUUCGCUGUCUUUCUGACCAUCAUGAUCAUGGUGUUGGUGGAUUAUCUGGUGGGAGUUCCUACACCCAAACUCGACGUACCCGACCGCUUCGAGCCCACGUCAAACACUCGAGGGUGGCUGAUCUCCCCCCUGGGAACGAACCCCUGGUGGACAAUGCUGGCCGCUGCUGUCCCUGCUCUGCUCUGCACCAUCCUCAUCUUCAUGGACCAGCAGAUCACCGCUGUCAUCGUCAACAGGAAGGAGAACAAACUCAAGAAAGGCUGUGGCUAUCACCUGGACCUGCUGGUGGUGGCGCUGAUGCUGGGCAUCUGCUCCAUCAUGGGCCUGCCGUGGUUCGUGGCAGCAACCGUGCUCUCCAUCUCCCACGUCAACAGUCUGAAGCUGGAGUCGGAGUGCGCGGCGCCAGGCGAGCAGCCAAAGUUUCUGGGCAUCAGAGAGCAGAGAGUCACCGGCUUCAUGAUCUUUGUCCUGAUGGGCUGCUCUGUCUUCAUGACCUCCAUCCUCAAGUUCAUCCCAAUGCCGGUCCUGUACGGAGUCUUCCUCUACAUGGGCGUGUCCUCACUCAAAGGCAUUCAGCUGUUCGACCGCAUCAAACUGUUCGGCAUGCCGGCCAAACACCAGCCGGACCUGAUCUAUCUGCGCUACGUCCCCCUGUGGAAGGUCCACGUCUUCACUGUGGUGCAGCUGACCUGCCUCAUCGUCCUCUGGGCCAUCAAGGCCUCGGCUGCCGCCGUCGUCUUCCCCAUGAUGGUUCUGGCUCUGGUGUUCAUCCGCAAGCUUCUGGAUUUCAUCUUCACCAAGCGAGAGCUGAGCUGGUUGGAUGACCUGAUUCCAGAGAGCAAGAAGAAGAAAGAAGACGAUAAGAAGAAGAAGGAGAAGGAGGAUGCUCAGCGAAUGCUGGAUGAAGCGGAGGACGAUCAGCCGUACGACCGAGGAAUUGACUUUACAGUAAAAAACCUGAAAAAACUCGUGGACCCAUCGGAGGUGAACAUCUCAGAUGAAAUGGCAAAAAGCGGCAUUUGGAAAUCAGUUUCUAAAACCUCUGAGAGCAGCAAAUCUCUGAAACGCUGCAACAGCCACGACAAGCUGCCGACCAUCCAGAUAAGGGUAGAGAAGGAGGACGGUCGCAAUGCCGUGGACGCUGAGACUUCAUUAUGAUCCACCGCCACUCCCCACCACCAGGCGGCACCGUUGGAAGAUGAGGUUACUGAUGUGAUACUGUAGCCCUCUCUGAACUGAGGUGAAAGUCAUGGGAUGGCCAAUCAGGCUUCACCUCGCCAUGCCGUACUUCUCGUGCUGUGUGUUCUCAGGCGAAGGUGAACGUUUAAUUUUCUCAUCGUUUUAUGGUGAAACACAAAGACUCCGCCACUGGGAGCCAAUCUGGCCGCCACUUUUGGAAACAUCUUCCUUUUACUCAGGCGGUCUGCUGCUGCGCUGUGAUUGGCUGCUGAACCGACACACACAGACUCAGUUGAAGGCCUGAUUUUUUUUUUUUUUCCAAACUGAUGAGUUUAAUUUUAUGGUUUUAAAUUUUCUGUUUCUGCUUUGAUGAAGCAGACGGAGCGGUUCACCUCCGACAGGUUUUUAUUUAAUCCGUCAUGCUGAUUUAAGUUUUAUAUAUGUGUGUGUGUGUGUGUGUGUGUGUGUGUAUGAGUGAGUUUCUAUGUAUAUGUAUGCGAGUGUGUGAGAGUGUGUGUGCAUGAUCACUGUUGUGCCUCACCUUGUUGCCUGCAGUGGCCGACUGGAUGAUGUCACAGCCGCUGUUGUCAUUGUUUCUUCUUAAAGUUUAAAUAAAAUGAGUUUGGUGACGACGAUCA